AUGAAGCUCCCUAUUUUCAUAGCUGAUGCAUUCACAGCACAGGCAUUUCGUGGAAAUCCUGCUGCUGUUUGUCUCCUAGAAAUCAAACUGGAUGAAGACAUGCAUCAAAAAAUUGCCAGGGAAAUGAACCUCUCAGAAACCGCCUUUAUCCGAAAACUGCACCCAACUGACAGCUUCACACAGAGUUCCUGCUUCGGAUUAAGGUGGUUCACACCGGCGAGUGAGGUCCCUCUCUGUGGUCACGCUACCCUGGCUUCUGCAGCUGUGCUGUUUCACAAAAUAAAAAAUGUGAAUAGCACUCUAACCUUUGUCACACUGAGUGGUGAACUAAAGGCCAGAAAAGUGGAGGAUGGAAUCGUCCUGGACUUGCCUCUUUACCCAGCCCAUUACCAGGACAUCCAUGAAGUAAAGGACUUGAUAAAGACUGCCAUAGGCGACACGAUGAUCCAGGACAUCCGCUACUCCCCAGACACCCGGAAGCUCCUUGUCCGGCUCAGUGACGCUUAUGACAGGUCAUUUCUGGAGAACCUGAAAGUGAGCACACAGGACCUGCUGCAAAUAGAGAACACAGGGAAGGUGAGAGGACUCAUUCUCACCCUCAAAGGAGAGCCUGGUGGGCAGACCCAAGCAUUCGACUUUUACUCCAGAUAUUUCGCACCCUGGGUUGGUGUUUCAGAAGACCCUGUGACAGGGUCUGCCCACACUGUUCUCAGCAGCUACUGGUCCCAAGAACUGGGGAAGAAAGAGAUGCGUGCCUUUCAGUGCUCCUCCCGAGGAGGAGAGCUGGCGAUUUCCCUGCGCCCUGACGGCCGGGUUGACAUUCGGGGAGGCGCCGCGGUUGUCCUGGAGGGCACGCUGACAGCCUAG